CAUCAGAAACGUUACUGAUGCAGAGAGCUGAGAGAGAGAGGUUUGAGAGAAGAAACAUGACAGUGGUGUGGGUUUUGGUGGUGACUGCACUGCUUGUCAGUGAUGUGGCAGGGUCUCGUCAGGACCUUGAAAAACAUGAAAUAUCCAGAGGACUCUGUGAUGAAAACUGGUUUUAUUUUUCUCCUUUAAACUCCUGUUACCAGUUUUUCAGCACCAAAAAGACAUGGGCAGCUGCUGAGGAUUUCUGUAAUGGAGACGAACGUUGUGGACAGCUGGCUUCUGUGAACUCAGAGGAACACAACAUUUUCAUUUCUAAUGUGGUCACUAUCGUGGACAAAAACAAGCCAAUGGCUUGGAUUGGCCUGAAUGACAUUUGCAAGGAGGGGAAUUUCACGUGGGUUGAUGGAUCUUUGUACAGGUACAGCAAGUGGGCUAAGAAUGAACCUAAUAAUGAUGGAGGCAAAGAAGACUGUGUGAACAUUCAUCGUUUCAAUGACUUGACCUGGAAUGAUAUGCCCUUUGACGAGAAAGAUGGUUUUGUUUGUUCUUACAAACUGUGUUGAAUUUAGAAAAUUCCAGAUCCAUCUACUCAUCAUUUCCAGCGGUGGAUUCACUUCCCUGAUUUCUUUGUAGCCGCUCUGUCUGUGCUGACUGUACGCAUUUAGUUUCUCAGCCAAUAAUAAAGAGAACUGCA